CACGCUCGCCACAUGUCUAAUUAGGAUUCUUAAUUACGGCUCACAUAAUAUUCCACACAUAAUUUCAAACCAAAAAAAAAAAAUCCCAUAUCAAUUUUUUACUCAAUGCUCAGAAAUUGAAAUAUCAGCCCUAAUAAAGGCGGCAUACCAUACCAAUUUCCUUCAUCACCUUGUCGUCUUAUUCAUCUAUCUAUAUAUAUGUAUAAUCUUCAAAUUUAGUUUUCAAAUUAACUAAAAAUAAAAUUCUAGAAAAUUACUGGAGCUAACAAAACAAACAAAUUCCUUCAUUUCGAUUAACCAAUGAGGCAUUCAGUGAAUCGUCCACCAACACCAGAUGCAGGGGAUGAACAAGAAAAAGAACUUUCCCUUUCAGAAAAAAUCAACAUUAAGGGCAUUUAUAAGAAGAAAGGGAGGAAUAAUGUAACUGUUGAUGAUCUAGUACAUUUAAUAACUCCAAAAGGAAGAGCAUCUAUUCCUGAUCCCGUGAAAGCUGAGUUGUUGCAGCGAAUUUGGGCUUUUCUAAAUGCAGCUUCACUUUGAUGCGAGGGAUUGUUACCAUCAGGAUAAAGAAGAGGUUCAGAAUAUGUUGCUUGACCAAGUCUUAGUGUAGCAAAAGCUACAGAGUUUGGUGGGAGAGUCACUCCUGUGUUUUAUAAUGCUUCAACCUACCUAGGUUAGUAAUGCAUUGCUACCUGUCUGACUGUACUUACCUCAUGUGGGCAAGGACAUGCGCGGAAUUUGUAUCAGGGGUUAGAUUUUGCAAGGGACAAUCUAUAUGCUUGUAAUUGUAGAACUUAUAUAGUUAUAUCUUGUGAAUUAAAGAAUUUGUGCUCCUUUUGCUCUCUGCCUACCAAGUUUUGCAAGGGAUAAUCUA